UUUGUAAAUGAUGGGUCUUUCUACGGGUUCUGCGGUCCUGUUUCUGGCCUGUUUGGGUCUGUGUCAGGCUCCCCCACCAGCGCUCCAGAGGUGCAAACAUCACCAGAGGACGACGAGACAGUUGCUGAGGUAAUUUAGCAUCACAUGGCUCAGUGUGUUGCUGAGGUAAUUUGCAUCACAUUGCUCAGUGUGUUGCUAAGGUAAUUUAGCAUCACAUUGCUCAGUGUGUUGCUACCCGUAUCGUCAGUAUUAUCUCAGAAUGAGGCGAGAAAAUAAUUGUUAGCCUAUUUGUUAUGCUUGUACUGUUUUGCAUGAGAGUCCCAAUAGGCAUGACGAAACUGAUAGUUUAAAAUGUUGUCUCUACCUGUCUCAAUACUACACAGAUGUGGGGUUGACAAACUGAUCUUUCCAGAGUAUUAUCAAGCCUGACUUCAACAAGAGCCUGGAGGCCAUGCAGGCAUUCUUUGGCCUGGAGGUCACUGGGGUUCUGGACAAAAACACUCUGGAGGUAAUGAAGUCCAGGUGUGGAGUGUCUGACAUCAGCAGAUAUGGACACUUCCACAGGAAACCAAAAUGGGAGAAGAGCACUGUUACCUACAGGUAUAGUAAAAGCUCUGACUGUAGAUGAGCAGUUUGACUGUAUUUUUAAGUGCAUUAAGUUUGACAGCUACAAUCAAGGAAAAUAAUAUGGUAUUCAUGGAUAAUUGUUGAUCAUCUGCUAAAAAUGUCAAAUCCAUUGUUGCCCAGCCUGGGUCAUUGUGCAAUGCCUGGGCUGCACUGUACUGCAGGAGUAGAAUGGGGCCCUUUUACUUGUCAGGUAAUGUCAAUGAGUGAGUGCUGAAUUACUUGUGUUUGACAGAAUCACUCAGUACACACCAGACCUGAGGCAGAGUGAUAUAGAUGCAACUCUAGCCCAGGCCUUCCAGAUCUACAGUGAUGUAAUCCCUCUGGACUGCCGACAUCAUGAUCCUCUUCAAGGGUGGAUG